AUGUUCAAACAAUUUUCCAGAUCAAUAACUACCAAAAGAUUCCAGCAUGCCGCUGCCUCAUCAACAAAACAAUCAACUUCACAUUCAAUACCUUUCAACAAUAAAUAUAAUUUUGAUUUGACCCCACCACCAAUACACGAAUAUUGGAAUAUAUAUAAUUCAAGUGUUUUAUUUGCUUUCAUACCAGUAUUUUUAACUAUAUCAUAUUUUGCUAAAGAUUUAGGUAUUGGUUUGGAAGGUAAUGCUGGAUUAUUAGAUUUUGCAAAUAGUGAAAAUUCACCAAUAAAGAAUAUAAAGUUUGGAGAAAGUCAGGUUAUAGGGAAACAAGAGUAA